ACGCUCCACGGAGAGCAUCCUGGAGACCGGAAGGAGGUGAAACUGCCGUAUCCGACUGGAGCGGCCGCAAGACCAGCGUGCUGAGAGAUCGCGUGGCUGUUUCAGCGGCGUGUUGCUGGAGCGCGUGGCUCGUGCGCAGAGGUCAGAGGUGGCUGAAAGCCUGACGUCGGUGUAGAAGCUGAGACCGCGAACUAUGGUGGGAAGAUCCGGGCGGCGCGCGCGCGGAGCGGCCAAGUGGGCAGCUGUGCGAGCUAAGGCAAGUCGCGACCCAGCGGACGACAAUGGAGAGGACUUAGAAUCUCCACCCUCACCGGGGGACUCGAGCUACUACCAAGAUAAGGUAGAUGAUUUCCAUGAGGCCCGAUCUCGGGCCGCCUUGGCUAAGGGCUGGAGCGAAAUGGAGAGUGGGGACGAGGAGGAUGGCGAUGAGGAGGAGGAGGUGCUUGCCCUAGAUGUUGCCGAUGAGGACGAUGAAGAUGGAGAGAGUGAGGAGGGUGACGAUGAUGAUGGUGGGAGCUCCGUGCAGAGUGAGACUGAGGCUUCUGUGGAUCCCAGUUUGUCGUGGGGUCAGAGGAAAAAACUUUACUACGACACGGACUAUGGCUCCAAGUCCCGAGGCCGUCAGAGUCAACAAGAAGUAGAGGAAGAGGAAAGAGAGGAGGAGGCGGAGGCACAGCUCAUUCAGCGGCGCUUAGCCCAAGCCCUGCAAGAGGACGAUUUUGGAGUUAGCUGGGUGGAGGCUUUUGCAAAACCAGUACCUCAGGUAAAUGAGGCUGAGACACGUGUCGUGAAGGAUUUGGCGAAAGUUUCCGUGAAAGAGAAGCUGAAAAUGCUGCGAAAGGAAUCUCCAGAGCUCUUGGAGCUGAUAGACGACUUGAAAGUUAAGUUGACAGAGAUGAAGGAUGAGCUGGAGCCAUUGCUACAGUUAGUGGAGCAAAAGAUCAUCCCCCCUGGAAAAGGAAGCCAAUACCUGAGGACCAAAUACAAUCUCUAUUUGAACUACUGCUCCAACAUUAGUUUUUAUCUGAUCCUGAAAGCUAGGAGAGUCCCUGUACAUGGACAUCCUGUCAUUGAAAGGCUUGUUACCUACCGAAAUUUGAUCAACAAGUUGUCGGUUGUGGAUCAGAAGCUGUCCUCUGAAAUUCGUCAUCUGCUCACACUUAAAGAUGGUGCUGGAAAGAGAGAACUGAAUUUAAAAGCAAAAUCCAUGAAGACCAAGCCAAAAUCAGUUUCAGAGACUUCUGCUGCUGCCUUAGCUGUUAGAGACCUUUCUGAUGAUUCUGAUUUUGAUGAAGAAGCUGCACUGAAAUACUAUAAAGAAAUGGAAGAGAGACAAAAAUUAAAGAGAAAGAAAGAAGAAAAUAGUACCGAAGAAAAGGCUCUUGAAGAUCAAAAUGCAAAGAGAGCCAUUACUUAUCAGAUUGCUAAAAAUAGGGGACUUACACCUAGGAGAAAGAAGAUUGAUCGGAAUCCCAGAGUCAAACACCGGGAGAAGUUCAGAAAAGCCAAAAUUCGCAGAAGAGGCCAGGUUCGUGAAGUUCGUAGAGAAGAGCAACGUUAUACUGGUGAACUGUCUGGCAUUCGUGCAGGAGUUAAAAAGAGCAUUAAGCUUAAGUAA